GUAGGCGGUCACCCGGUCACCUGGGCCGGCUGCAGGCUGGGGCGUGCGCUGCCAGCCGCAGCCUCAGUAGGGGCUGGAGGGCCACACAAGGCGGCCGCCGCUGGCAGGACCCGAGGCCACGGGGGCCAGUGGUCGCUGCUCACCAUGGGAGAGAGACGCUUCAGCUUCCUAAAGAAACUCGCCUUCUUGGGCCAGGGCCCCCAGUACCAGGCACUCCAGAGAGAGGACGAGGAGACCUUGAUCGACGGGCAGCUCGAGCUGAAAGCCAGCGAGGAAGAGAAAGUGGUGCAGGCUCUGCCACCCAAGGAAGCGUGCAAAUGCCACAAGGAGGAUUUGGCGAAAGCGCUUGCCGUAGACCUGGACACGGGCCUGUCCGAGGGCGCAGUGACGCAGCGCAGGCUGGUACAUGGCUGGAACGAGUUUGUUGCUGACAACACAGAACCUGUGUGGAAGAAAUACCUCGAUCAGUUCAAGAACCCCCUGAUCCUGCUGUUGCUGGGCUCGGCCGUGGUGAGCGUGCUCACCAAGCAGUACGAGGACGCCAUCAGCAUUGCCAUGGCCGUGCUCAUCGUGGUCACGGUCGCCUUCAUCCAGGAGUACCGCUCGGAGAAGUCUCUGGAGGAGCUGACCAAGCUGGUCCCCCCCGAGUGCCACUGCAUGAGAGACGGGAAGCUGCAGCACCUGCUUGUGCGGGACCUGGUUCCUGGGGAUGUCGUGUGCCUCUCCACCGGAGACCGGAUCCCCGCAGACAUCCGACUCACCCAGGUCACAGACCUCCUAGUGGACGAAUCCAGUUUCACCGGAGAGGUGGAGCCAUGCAGCAAAACAGAUGGCCCCUUGACGGGCGGCCGGGACCUCAGCACCCUGAGCAACAUCGCCUUCAUGGGGACCCUGGUGCAGGGCGGGAAGGGCCAGGGCGUCGUCAUUGGAACAGGGGAGAGGUCUCAGUUUGGAGAGGUGUUCAAGAUGAUGCAGGCAGAAGAGACACCUAAAACGCCAUUGCAAAAGAGCAUGGACAGGCUGGGGAAGCAGCUGACUCUCUUUUCCUUUGGCAUCAUUGGCCUCAUCACGCUCAUCGGCUGGGUGCAGGGCAAGCCACUGCUCAGCAUGUUCACCAUCGGGGUCAGCCUGGCCGUGGCAGCCAUUCCCGAGGGCCUGCCCAUCGUUGUCACGGUGACGCUGGUGCUGGGCGUGCUGCGGAUGGCCAAGAAGCGCGUCAUUGUGAAGAAGCUGCCCAUUGUGGAGACCCUGGGCUGCUGCAAUGUCAUCUGCUCUGAUAAGACGGGGACUCUGACCGCCAACGAGAUGACCGUGACCCAGCUGGUGACAUCCGACGGGCUCCGCGCAGAGGUCAGCGGAGUUGGCUACAGCAGCAAAGGGACCGUGCGUCUUCUCCCGGCCAAGGAGGUCAUCAAGGAGUUCGACAGCGUCUCAGUGGGGAAGCUCGUGGAGGCGGGCUGUGUGGCCAACAACGCCGUCCUCAGGGGGAACACAGUGAUGGGGCAGCCCACGGAGGGAGCCCUGCUCACACUGGCCAUGAAGAUGGACUUGGGUGACAUCAAAGACACAUACGUGAGGCAGAAGGAAAUCCCGUUCAGCUCCGCACAGAAGUGGAUGGCCGUGAGGUGCCACCUGAAGAGUGAGGACCAGGGAGACAUUUACUUCAUGAAGGGGGCCUUUGAGGAGGUGAUCCGCUCUUGCACCACAUACAACAAUGGCGGCAUCGCCCUGCCUCUGACACCCCAGCAGGAGACGUUCUGCCUGCAGGAGGAGAAGAGGAUGGGGUCGCUCGGCCUGCGGGUGCUGGCGCUGGCGUCGGGGCCCGAGCUGGGGAGGCUGACGUUCCUGGGGCUCGUGGGCAUCAUCGACCCCCCGCGGGACGGCGUGAAGGAAGCGGUUCGGGUGCUGACCGAGUCGGGGGUGUCGGUGAAAAUGAUAACAGGAGACGCUCUGGAGACGGCCUCGGCCAUAGGAAGAGACAUCGGUCUGUGCAAGGGGAAGCUGAGAGCCAUGUCCGGGGAAGAAGUGGAGAGCAUGGAGCCGGAUGUGCUGGUGGGCUGCAUCCGAGAGGUGUCUGUGUUCUUCCGGACCAGCCCAAAGCACAAGCUCAAGAUCAUCAAGGCGCUGCAGGACUCGGGGGCAAUCGUGGCCAUGACGGGGGAUGGUGUAAAUGACGCAGUCGCCCUGAAGUCUGCAGACAUCGGGAUCGCCAUGGGGCAGGCAGGGACAGACGUCAGCAAAGAGGCCGCCAAUAUGAUCCUGGUGGACGACGACUUCUCGGCCAUCAUGCCUCCCCCGCUCCCCCGUCCCUUACAGGAGCGCAGUGGAGGAGGGGAAGGGAAUCUUCUACAACAUCAAGAACUUCGUGCGGUUCCAGCUGAGCACGAGCAUCUCGGCCCUGAGCCUCAUCACGCUGUCCACCGUGUGCAACCUGCCCAGCCCCCUCAACGCCAUGCAGAUCCUGUGGGUCAACAUCAUCAUGGACGGGCCGCCAGCACAGAGCUUGGGGGUGGAGCCCGUGGACAGGGACACCCUGGGGCAGCCGCCGAGGAGCCUGGAGGACACCAUCCUGAGCAGGGCCCUCCUCCUCAGGAUCCUCAUGUCGGCCGCCACCAUCCUCAGCGGGACCCUCUUUGUCUUCUGGAGGGAGGUCCCCGAGGACAGAGCCAGCACCCCACGCACCACCACCAUGACCUUCACGUGCUUCGUGUUCUUCGACCUCUUCAACGCCCUGACCUGCCGCUCUCAGACCAAGCUGAUCCUGGAAAUCGGCUUCCUCAGGAACCGCAUGUUCCUCUACUCGGUCUUCGGGUCGCUGCUGGGCCAGCUGGCCGUCAUCUACGUCCCGCCCCUGCAGAAGGUCUUCCAGACGGAGAACCUGGGGGCCCUCGAUCUGCUGUUCUUAACUGGACUGGCCUCAUCCGUCUUCAUCUUAUCGGAAGUCCUGAAGCUCUGCGAGAAAUACUGCUCCUGCACCGGGAAAGCCCAGCAGCCGGCCGAGGACCCCUGACCGCGGUGCUGUCCCAUGUCUGUGGCCUGCCCUGGCCAGAGUCACCUUCACUGUCUCUGCUGGCCUGGAAAACCUUCCGGCUUCCUGGGCGACCCCGGAGCCCAGCUGUCCAGCCCCUCGCGCCGGGCUCUGGGACGCAGGGAGGAGCUGAAGGCAAAUGUUGUGCUAUUUAUUAAAUCACAAUGGUUUUUAUUAA